UAUUCCAUUGUUUCACCAUUAGUGGUACAAGAACAGAAUAAAAUAGUAGAAUAAUAUCACAAUAAAAUUGUCAGAAUAGUAGUUAAAUAAAAUAACAAAUUGAUAAGUUAUUAAAGUAGUAAUAUGGUGAAAUGAUAAAAGUGUAGCAGAGUGAAGUACUAGGAUUGUAGUGUAACAGAAUUAGCUAAAUAGAGAUAAAAUGAUAUAGUGAAACAGCAAAAUAGUACAAUAGUAUAGUGAAAUAAUACAAUAGUAUGUUGGUAAAAUAGUGGAAAUAUAGUAGUUUAGGAAAAUGGUGCAAUAGUGAUGUAGUAUAAGGGUGAAAUAAAAGCACUGAGAUAUAAUGAAUUAGUAGAAUAGUAGAAUAGGAAUAUAGUAAAAACAGCAGAAUGAUAGAAUAGUGAAACAAUAGUAGUCCAAUAGCAUGUACAGUAAAAUAUUGCAAUUGUACAAUAAUUAAAUAAUGGAAGAGUGAAAUAGUGACUUAGUAGAAUAGUAGAACAGUAAGGAUGUCAAGUUAGUACAAUGACAGAAUGGUACAAUAGUACAAUACAACAUACAUAUAAUAGUAAAGUAGUACAGUAGUACAAUAUCAGAAUAAUAGAAGAGUAGGGUAGUAACAUAAUAUAACAGUAGAACAAUAAAAUAGUAGACCAACAUUAUCGUUAAAUAGCAACAUAGUAAAACUAAAACACUAGUUACAUAGUAAAAUAUUAAAAUUACAGAAUAAUGAAAUAGUGACACAUCGCAAGUGUAAAUUAGCAUAAUACUGAUAUACUAACAUAUUAAAUGAGUAGAGCAGUUAUAGUAAAGUCGUUUUAAACAAAUAGAAUGCUGAAACAGUAGUAUAGUAGAACACUGUAGUACUAGUAUAAUCAGUACAGUAACAAAAUUAUAAAAUAAUGAAAUUGCAAUAUAAUAAAACAGUAAAACAGUAUAUUAGUAUAACAGUAGAAAAAUAAACUAAUGACCCAAUUUAAUCUCUUAGUUAUCUUCUAAAGAAUAGUUUAGGUUGUGUACUCUAUAUUACCAAGUAAUAAUACAACAAAUAAAAUUGUAAAACACAUAACUAACAAUUGGCAUUUCAGUUGCAAUGGUCAUUAUAAAACUGCUUUCAUGCAGGCACAUCAUCGAUCCACUACAAAAACAACACUCUAUAACGCAAUAAAGUACCUAUAAAUAUAUGAGGCACAAGGCCCUAUUACAUUUGAUUACAAAACAGAAUUCGAAUAGCCACCACUGUGAACGUACAUCGAAGCGUAGUAACUUGUAGGUGUAGGCGCAACAGACACAAUGAAAGCAUUUUCGAGCGACCUUCUGCUGGAGAAGUAGCUUCUGCAGAGGGUUCGAUGUUGGUGAGGGUAGCUGCCGGUUGAAUGGCAGCGGAGAGUCAGUUUGUUCAGGGACUGCACGCGGUGCGUUCGCUUGUUUAAUGUCAGUGAAUUUCAUGCCUUGCUGUCACCAUUUAACUCACGUUUCUCACGUCAACGUGCACGGAAAGUGUUCAAGUUUCCCCUUGCUUUCUUUGUUUCAUGCCAUGUGACUACGUUUCGUUCGCUUCCGCGUAUGGUUUACGAGUUUCGAGACGUAUCGACAAUAACAAGGUGUAAAGUACUCUAGCUUGUCAAAAGUUGAAAAGACAUUGCAACACGUGCAAUGAUGUCAUACGAAUACCCUCAUCCGGUUUCCAGGACGUAUCAAUAUAAAAAAAUAACAAAACCAUUGUUGGAAAGAAAACGACGUGCUCGAAUAAACAAAUGCCUUGACGAGCUGAAAAAUCUUAUGAUAGAUGCUUUAGAGACGGAAGGGGAGGACAUCAGUAAACUGGAGAAAGCGGACAUUCUGGAGCUGACUGUGCGCCAUUUACAAAGGCUACAAGGAUCGCAGCCUUCCGUAUUACCGGCCACGAUGGCGAAUAACGCAGAGGUGUCGGCCGAAAGUCGGUGGCUGUCCGGUUUCGGCCACUGUGCAGCUGAGGCGUACAGAUUUCUCUCGGCUCUUCCAGGUGAAGGUGCGGAAAGGUUAGCCAGACACCUCGCAGCUGGUCUUCAGAAGAGCCGACAAACGAAUUCGUCGUUGAAAACGAACCUGCUCACUCAGAUUUUAGCGAACUUGAACCUCAAAGUUGACUUGGCGUCGCCUGCUCUCGUGAAUCCUGCGAUCGAAGACAACAGGGUGACAUCCACAAGCCAAAACGUUAUCAAUUAUGCAAAUACAACUACCGAAACAACGACCUUGAACCUCUCCACUCGGCGUAAUUCAACGACAAUGAUCGAGGAUACUGAAGCAGUAGACGAGGAUGGUUCUCGAAUAAAGGACUCGAGAGAACAACGCGCAGCGAAGAGGGUGAAAACGGAAAUGAAAAUCGAAGACGACGAAGAGAUCGACGUGGAACGAGUUGACGAAGCUGAUCCCAUGUGGAGACCGUGGUAGCUGCGGACAUCGAUUUUAACCCUUUGUAAUUGUUUGUUAUGUAAAUCUUUCUACUGGGGAUGAGAGUUUUGAGUUACAACUUGAUUUGGGAAUCAAUUUGAGAAAUUCAGAAACAGUGGAUGAUUAAAAAAUUGGGAAAUUUGAAAAUUUAGGAGUGUGAAAGGUU